AUGAACGAGGGCUCUGCGGAGAAGAGGCCAGAAUUGGCCAUAGAGUCGUCAACAUUCAAAGGACCUCGAGGAAAGCCGAGUGCGCGGCCCCAGACAAUGAACACAGAUAGCGGCUCUACUUCCAAGAGGCGCUGUGUCAGCACAGCCUGUAUCGCUUGUCGCCGAAGGAAAUCGAAGUGCGAUGGCAAUCUACCCAGCUGUGCAGCUUGCUCCUCAGUAUACCAUACGACCUGCGUUUAUGAUCCGAAUUCCGACCAUCGUCGCAAAGGGGUGUAUAAAAAGGACACCGAUACGCUACGGACGAAGAAUGCGACUCUAUUGACCUUGAUACAAGCCAUACUGAACUAUGAAGAAGAGGAUGCUUUCGACUUGGUGCGGCAGAUACGAGCCUGCGACAAUCUAGAGGAUGUAGCACAGUCGAUCAUGGGUCAGGAAAGGGGUUCUACGUCCAUGUCCAGGGAUCCCGUAUCUAAUGGAGAUUAUGACCCGACACAGACAGAUCAAUUUGAGUCGGAAUUAGCUGGAAGGAUGAGUGGUCUUAUGCUGGACGGCUCUCGGAAGUUUAUUGGCGGCACUUCAAACCUCAUCUUUUUGCCGCCCGGGUCGGAGCUCUAUGAAUAUAAUGCAGGCUUGGAGGGCCAGAGUGUCGGCCAUACACACGAUCGCUCUAUUACCCGAUGGACGAGAGUCACUUCGGAUGAACAGUUACUUAGCCACCUCAUGACGAUGUACUUCACAUGGCAUUACCCCUUUUUCACAACCCUCUCAAAAGACCUCUUUUAUCGCGAUUAUGUUCAUAAUGUUUCGGGCCAGUAUUGUUCGUCUCUAUUGGUCAAUGCAAUGCUAGCUCUCGGCUGCCACUUCAGCUCUUGGGAUGGGGCCCGGGAAGACCCUCAGAACCCGGCGACCGCAGGAGACCACUUUUUCAAGGAAGCCAAAAGGCUUGUGCUCGAAAAUGAUGAACAUGCAAAUGCGAAACUUUGCACGGUGCAAGCUCUCGCCCUCAUGUCUGUCAGAGAGGCUGGGUGUGGUCGUGAAGGCAAAGGCUGGGUCUACAGUGGCAUGAGCUUCCGUAUGGCAUUGGAUUUAGGGCUAAACUUCGACUCAACCAGCCUUGGAGCUCGUAACCUUGAUGAAGAGGAGGUCGACGCACGGCGAAUUACCUUCUGGGGCUGUUUUCUCAUUGACAAAUGCUGGUCCAAUUACCUUGGCCGCCUUCCUCAACUGGCGGCUACUAGCGUGAGUGUACCAAAGAUUGACAUUCUACCCAACGAGGAAGCAGAAUUGUGGUCUUCCUACACUGAUGCUGGGGCGAGCCUCGAGCAUACACAACCCUCGCGGACCAGAACGGUGGCAUUACAGAUAUACAAACUGUGUGAGAUCAGUAGCGAUCUACUCGUGUCUUUCUAUGAUCCAACCCCUCGAGAUAAACCCCUCUCGAAACAGAUUGAACUGAAGAGGCUCAGCGAAAUUCACACGAGGCUUGAGGCAUGGAAGAAAGACUUACCGAAAGAGCUAGAGCCAAAAGAAAGGCUGUUGCCUCAGGCUUUGCUCAUGCAUAUGUUUUACCAACUCCUCUUCAUACACCUUUAUCGUCCUUUCCUAAAGUACACAAAGUCAAACUCACCUCUUCCCCAACACGUCUCCCCUCGUAAGCUGUGCACGCAGGCUGCUUCCGCCAUUUCAAAGCUGCUCCGGAUAUACAAGCGUACCUACGGGUUCAAGCAGAUCUGCAAUAUUGCAGUAUACAUGGCUCAUACCGCCUGUACCAUCCACCUGCUCAACCUCCCGGAAAAGAACGCUCAAAGAGACGUUAUUCAUUGUCUCCGGCAUCUCGAGGAAAUGGGCGAAAGCUGGCUUUGCGCUCGACGGACCCUUCGAAUCCUCGAUAUAUCGGCCAGCAAGUGGCAAGUUGAGCUGCCUCCAGAGGCGGUUAUCGUUCUCGAACAGACGCAUAUGAAAUGGGGUUCAUGGGGUUCAUGGGACCAAGCAGCAUCGCCCUCCGCCUCUGAACAGUCUCCAUCGUCUGUUACAGCUCAACCUCAACCUCCUGAAACAAUCUCAAACAGUCUACCGUCGCCUGGCCAGUAUGGUCCCACACGUGAGCCGGGCGAUCCUUCAUUUCAAGGCCCAUCCAAUGCACUUGGAUCUUUAGGCACCCAGUAUGCGACAGGGGUGCCGAUUCCCACUUCUUUGUCGACCAUGCGAGCAGCUCAGCGGUAUUCAAGUGCACAGCUACCACGAACGGACGCCCAAUUACCAGAGCCAACAUACCUGCGGCCUGUAUCACAUGCUUACGGCUCAAUGCAUCCUGUUCCUCUCUCUCAGCAUGACUCAUGGUAUGAUCCGAAGGAUGCGCAAGGCCGGUCACUAGGUACUGGUCAAGAUAUGUCAUCCACAUCAAGCGCAUCUCCAAUGGCUGGAUUUGGUACGCCGGAGAAUUUAGUUGAGGAAAGCCAAGAUUGGUGGUUUCGGGAUGCGAAUGCGUUUAAUCCAGGAUAUGAGAAUUGGAAAGAAGGCUGGAACUCUGCUAUGACUGGGAUGACGCCCGACUUCCGCUACAUCGGGCAGGUAUCCGGGCCUGACAAUACUUCCAGGCCUCAAUCAGUCAGGUAUGCUGUGGGAGUCCCUUCUAAUAUAACACAAUCGGACGAGAACUCCGCUAUCCCGAGAUACAAUGAUGUAGUUUAUCCGAGAAACUACCAGCCGUGA